CAAGAUACAACUUUGAGACGGACGGACAGAAAGUAAGUCAUAACAUUGGAUGCCAUACUCAAAUUCGCCAUUGGGCGAUGCAAUGAUCAUGAACAUCUCUGAAGUUGCGCCUCAGAUACCUGGGUUCAACUUGCCAAUUCACCUACAACCCAAGUCACCUCGAUCAUAAGUCGUUCAUAAACAGUGAGAUUGACUACGUAGAUCACAUUACAAGGGUCAAUUUGAUUGGUUUUUUCUCCCCUCCGGGACCUUGUUGUCGUCCAUUUCCCACUCAAUCACAUCAAUCCCUGGUUAGAUGCUUCGCCUGUAUACACAAUUGAGGUAAUACUGGCCAGGUUCUUUAACUGCAAGUAUUCUCUGGAUAUUUCCGACAGGCUUACAGAUAUUAUUAGGAAUCAUUCAUGUCAAUUCCUCCUUGUCUCAUCAGUAAUUCUUCAGGCUAUAAACGAUGGUUCUCGUUAUCAAAGCAUCCAAAAAAGGCUGUGAGUCUAUCUGAUGUCGUCCACGGCUGCGCUACAGUUCAGGUUGCCUUUGUGUCGCGUCAGUUUGUUGUGGGCUGGACUUUUCUCAUUUGUCUAUCUGGUUGUGUUAUUGCUUUCCUGUGGCCGUGUCGUGUCGGUGUCGUGUUAUGUGCUAGCAGUGUGUUGCGCUGUCGUGUUGUCUUUGUUAUUGUGUGCUCUUGUCGCUUCAACGCCAUUCGUCGGCUUUCAACUCUUGGUUGACUUCUUUCGCGCUCUCCUUCCUUCUAGCUCUUAGUUGCGGCACAGCACCGUGCAAACUACCCGAGGACUUUGCUCAACCCAUGUGAAGUACGACCUGUAUUGCGAUUGAGUUUCCAGAGCUCUUCAACGAGGUUCAUCCAAUCAGAGACUUCGAACACCAACUAGAAGAGACUUAGACCAAAGGAAGGGAGAGGAUAAUGGCAUCAGAGUUUGCGCUUCCAGAUUCUCGGCGCUUCUGAUCUUCCUGCUUUCUUACCCCCAAAUGAUCGAUCUGAAAGUGAUUACUUAAUCGUAGUUCUCAACGGUGCGCCAAACCACUACGGGACCGUUACUUUGGGUUCCCUGUAUUGCGUCAAGUGCCGGGACAGCCUGUGCACCAUUAUAUCUGUGCAACUACCAACAACUCGUAUUGAGAUAAGUUGAGAAACCAAACGCGACCAAAGGCCUUUCCAUAGUGCCGAGAAUUCAACAAUGGGGGCAUCAUGCAGACUAGGAGCGGAAAGGCUGUGUACUCUCACUAAGUUCUGACUAUGGGAUUCGCUUGCGCAGGAACAGCCACCGAUGAUGAAGGGAGAGGUCUUGAACAGAAACUCACCAAGUCAAGUUUCUGUUAGAGGCUCGAUGGCUUUGGUUCCGGCCCGAGAUAAUUGGUCUACAGUUGUCAAUGCUCUUGUUCUGCCAACCUCCUCCCAACCCUGACUGAGCGAGCGGAGUUCGUUAAUGACGGGACUGAGCGAAAUAUGGCCACAUCAGCAUCCCGGUCUCUCUACAUACAUACACAGUUGCUCAAGCCCGAGCCCACGCCCGUUCGUGCGGAGGUCCG